CGUUGGUGCAGAACGAGUGAAGAUUGUCGUUUGCUCUACAAAAUGUGGCGGCGUUUGAUUAUGAUAGCUGUCUCACUUAACAUUAGUGGCAUCAGUUCGGAAACGAUGUCUAUGGAAGAUAUGGAAAAGUUAGGCAAAUCUAUGCGGAUGGCUUGUCAGCCGAAGUUUGGCAUCUCCGAUGAAAUUGCUGGUGCUGUGUCUAAGGGAAUAUUUCCGGACACAAGAGAAUUCAAGUGUUACGCUUAUUGCCUUAUGGACCUCACUCAAACCGCCCGGAAAGGAAAACUCAACUACGAUGCAGCUUUGAGGAAAAUACAUAUGCUUCCAGACCAGUAUCAGGAACCGUUCCGUCUUGGUUUGGACAGUUGCAGAACGGCUGCCGACGACAUCGAGGAUACCUGUGAGAUGGCUUACGCACUAUUAACGUGUUUCUUCAAAGCGUCGCCCAUGUUUUACUUCCCUUAAAAUUAAUUUGUGAAAAAAAUAUUUAUUUUA